AUGCCCCCUCAACCCAAUGCUUCCCGUGUUUCUAAAUCCAGCAAGGUUGUCGUCAUGGCGUGGUGGGGUGCAAGGCAUAAACCCGGCAAAAUGCUGUGGCUGAACCGUCUUCGAUUUGUUGGCCUGCUCAGCCAGCCAGUGGCAGUGCGAACCGGGCUCCCGGGGCCGGGCCGUUUCAGCACUUUAAUGGACCCAGCACUGGAAAUGACCGAGAUGAGAGAUCUUGGCGAGUUUAGUUUGCACUUUGGACUCGUUGGCGGCAUCGCUUUGACCGAGUUCCACCACAAAGGCCAAGAAUCAACGAAUUGCCGUGUUCCGGGAAACCUAGACAAUGAACUCCAUAGCAAAUCCCCAUUUAGCAAAGGCCCAAAUGCCCCCUACGAGGGAGCGGUAUCUCCGUCUCUCAGUCCCAAGACCUCGCGUGAAACCCAAUAA